GGAAAACAAUAAGAAAAUGGAAACGGAUUUCAAAGUUUCAAAUUUUGAAAACUUCACCCACCCGCUCGCAGCCAGCUCCCGAAAAGAACAAUCCGCGCUUGCUUCACCGCUCUUUUAUAUUUUACUGGGUUUCCCCCAUUUCUACCUAGCCGCAAGACUCAUCGUCACUGUACACAGAUCUCGCUACUCUCGCCGCCAUUUCUUUCCAUUUCACUCCCAGCCUCCAGUUCGAAGUUCCCUCCUCUCUCUACUCCAGAGUCCAGAGCGGCUUCUUCUUCUUCUCAAGCAUCACCAAGAAUAACUGCCUGCUUCCUUGUUUCGCAAUUCAGAAUGGAAUCUCUACCCGAUGCCAUUGUCCAAUCCAUCUUCUCAUACAUGAACAAUGCUAAGGAUGUAGCUACUUGCAAUUCUGUGUCAAAGAGUUGGAAGGACUCAUUGCCUUACAUCAGAAGCCUCUACUUUCCUCGAAGCUCUUUUGAUAACUACAAUGGUGUUGACCAUCCUGAUACUAUCGUGUGGAGAAUGGUGGCUGCUGUUGUUCGAUUGGAAGAGCUUGUCGUAUACAGCCCAUUCACCAGCAAAGGCCUGGCCUCCUGGCUGUUGCUUGCUGGGUCAUCACUCAGGCAGCUCGAGCUUAGAAUGGAUAACAUUGCCGAGUACCAACAAGGUUGCAGUGAGGCCCUGAACUCAAAGGUGGACUGUCUUGGUUAUGCCAGGAACCUUGAGUCCCUCAAGCUUUGGGGUGUCCUCAUGAUGAAUGCCCCCAAGUGGGAUCUCUUUCCAAAGCUUCAGAGCCUUGAAAUCGUUGGAGCUAGGUUGGAGGAUUCUGCAUUGUCCUCUGCACUCCAGGCAUGCCCUAAUUUGAAAACAUUGGUGCUCCUUGGCUGUGAAGGGAGCAGCAACGUGUAUAUUGACUUGCCCCAUUUGCAGCAUUGCAAGCUGGACUUUUAUGGUGCAGGGAACUGCUCAUUCACCUUGAAUUCCCCCAGAGUUGAGGUGCUUGAGAUACAAGGCUGUAGUUGGAUUAGGGUUCGUGAGACCAAAUGCUUGAAAAAUCUUACCAUCUCCAACAGUGCAGGGAGAGUAUACAUGGUGGACUUUGACAAACUCACGGCGCUUGAAUCCUUAACUAUGAGAGGAAUCCAGUGGUGUUGGGAUGCCAUCAGAAAAAUGCUUCAAUGUGCAAGUGAGGUGAAGCAGCUGUUCAUGAAGGUUGAGUUCACUGGGGACUUUGAUUCCCUUGAUCCUUUCCCAGAGGUUGAUUUAGUGGAUUUCUUCAAUAGCCAUCCCAAGCUGCAAAAGUUUGAUAUCCAUGGAGCCAUGUUUGCAUCUCUUUGCCACAAGAACAGCCUGAGAAAUCUGGACUCUGGAUUUGUAAUUCCUUCACUGGAGGAGGUCGUGGUCACAGUGAGGUCACCAUUGAAAGCUGAACAAAAGAUCAACACUCUAGAGUCGUUGUUGAAGUAUGGGAAGAACUUGAAGACAAUGGCAAUUAGGAUCCUUCAGAUGAAGAGCAGCCAUAGUAGUGCAGAUGAUUUCUUUGACGACAUUUGCAGGUUUCAACGCCUAAAUCACAAGAUAGUUCGAAUAGAAUGAUUAAUCAUUAUUUAUUUGUUCUGACCAAAAUUGUUCAUUGAAAGUAGGUGUCUUCAUCAUUUCCACCUUUCUAGCUUACUUUUAGAUUCACCAAGCUAAAACUCUUUUCUGUUACUUUUAGAGGUCUUGGGGUUGGAAAACUACUACUUUGUAGUAAUCUCUGUUCUCUUGACUUCGAGUAGUUACUGAACUAUGACUGAAUUCAGCUCGCUUUUCCCAUUUCAUAGCUUUGCAGAGCAUUCUCUGUUAUCAUUACAUAGUCAUUGCAUAAUCCAACUUCUGAGAAUUUGUAAGGAUUGAGUUCUUAAUUCAUUAAAAUUAGGGGUGUUCAAAUGAUUUUCAUAUGGUUACCAUGGUUAUUACCAAACCAAAUAAGACUACAUUU